GCGCGCUGCAAGCAAAAGUUGCGUCUUUGUCAUGAGAAUCCAAGUCCAACGUAACAACACACAAAAUGAUGAAAUGACAUGAUCUUUUUAAUUGCAGAUGGGUAUAGUUUUGAGCAUGAAUGCAAGACGGAUCGCUAUCAGUCUUUCAUAGCAAAAGACAACAAACAAACAGUAUUAACAACUCGGGAUUAGAAUCUCUGACUCUAUAAAUACAGUAAGCAUACAUAUGAAAGAAUUCAUUCUCCAACAUAUAUGUCGCACCCAUUUCCUUUAUAUAACGUACAGAAAGAGGUUCUUUAGCAUGAGUGCGUCAGGAAACAGCGUCCUCGAUGACUCCGAGUCCGGCAAAAAAACAUCCUCGGUGCUAAAGCUAUUUGGUUUUCCAGUGGCGGGCAGUAACGAUGUGCCCGUAACAGUGCCAUGUCAUGCAGAUCAUAGAAAGAGACUGUUUGAGUGUCAAUACUGUCACCGAGGGUUCUCGAAUUCUCAGGCACUUGGGGGCCAUCAAAAUGCUCACAAGAGAGAACGGCAACGGUUCAAGCAGGCCGAGUUCCUAAACGAUCAUCAUCGACGGUCUGUAGUAGCUUUUCCAGUUAUUGUUGGGCAUGCGGGGGGAUCAGAUCAGCCGUUGUUUCGCUCCAUCACUACUGGGUCCCAUAGCAGGUCAGUACUUGAGCAGCCACUUCAGCCACCUAUGGCGGGUUCGGCUGAUCUGGCCUCUAGAAAAGCACCGUUGAUUGAGGAAGUAUGUGUAAGAGACGAUCAUGUCGAUCUCCGCUUGAGGCUGGCACCGGCCUCAAAGUGAUCCUUAAUAUAUUAAAUAAUUAGCUGCAAAUUAACCAUUAAUUAAUAUGUCGAGUUAUCAUGCAUGUAGUUUAAUAUCAUACACAUAUAUAUAUGUAUAUAUGAUGGAAAAUUAAUGUUUAUUUAUAUUUUAUAUGGCACAGGCGGCAGACCAUUGAAACUUAAUUUACAUAAUUUUUUCUACCAUAUACACAUAUAUACAUAUAGAACUUUAGGUUAAUUAGCUCUUCAGAAAAAAAAAAAAAAAACUUUAGGUUAAUUAGGCGGCCGGUCCAUAUAAUAGUAUACAUAUACAUACGUGUAUAUAUAUAUAUAUAUAUAUAUAUAUGUAUAUGGGUAAAUGUUUUAGGACUUAUUUGGAGUUAUUUAAUUUCCAUCGUUUUUUCUAACACCGAAAAGGAUUGAGCUGCAAAAUUCGGCCCGGUAAUGAAUUAAAUUGUGAGGUGGUAUGCCGAAUCAAGAGUAUUUUGGCGAUCAUCCCUUUUCACUCUCUUCUCUUCUUCAUUCAUCAAGAUUGUGCUUGGCUAUUUCUAAAAUUUUCUCAUACAGCAAAGUCAAGUGUUUCUGUAUUUAUCUGUUUUGAAACGAGGAAGGAGUUGCUAGGUGCUUAAAAGGAGAAAAAAAAAAAAAAAAAAACACUGGAAGUUUCGAA